GAGUGAACUUGUGCUAAACCUGCAUGGCUGGUGGUGCCCUGGGGUUUGAAUGUAAGGUAGUUUCUCUGUCUUUUUGCCUCUGUCAAAGUCGUCGACUCCGCUCCUCUUCCAUAAAUCCAUGGAUUCCAAGUGCUGCUGCCAUGUCAUCGAGAAUCCUUCAUCAGCAUAUGAUAGACAAGGGCACUUAGAUAGACCAUCUCCGCAGCCCUUUCAACGCCGUCGCGCGCUGCUGUGUUCUGAAAGUGAACCGCGCCCUUAUACGUUUCAAAGAGCGGCUUCCGGUAGUCGACGGUAUGCUGCCGUCGAGAUGGUCGUGCGUCAGCCCUCGGAAAGCGUAGAUCUUACGUGUGGGAGUUGGCAGACGGAUCCCUGGAAAGUGUCGAUGAGGUUCGCCAAUGUGAACUCGGAGGUAACUCGAAACUGCGACAGGCGCAUGCGGUCGAGUUUGAAGGAUGAACUCUACCGCCGCAUCACCCGGGGCCAUCUGGUUGUAGUAGGUAACCCAUUUCAGAAAGUCUUCCCAGGGUACCGCAAAGGUGCCGAAGAAGACGGUGAGCUUGAGGCGACAAUGGACUCCUGAACUAUCCAAGUGCGCCUCCAGUAGCCCUCGUGAAUGAGGGCAGUGAGGAAUGGCCUGACGACU